ACCUCAGUACAAGCAGAAGGAGGCUUAUUGGCAGUCCCUUGUGAAAAGCUCCAAAGAAGAUCAUAUGUGAUAACACAGAGACAGGCUGAAGCAUGUGCAAAGUACGGUGGAAGACACACAGUUACAUUAAUGACUGGAGAUGGUGUUGGUCCUGAACUGCUGUCCCAUGUUCAAGAAAUCUUCAGGUAUGCUGGUGCUCCCAUUGACUUUGAGAUUGUUGAAAUUAACGCAUCCACAAACACGCCGGAUGACAUGCAGAAUGCGUUGCUUUCAGUGCGCAGGAAUGGAGUUUCUCUCAAAGGAAACAUUGAAACCAAGUUUGAUGAUCCCUCCUUCAAAUCAAUGAAUGUUGCUUUGAGGACAUCCCUUAACCUCUUUGCCAGUGUGGUCAAAUGCAAGUCCAUUCCUGGCCUGAAAAUGAGGCAUGGGGACGUAGACUGUGUGCUCAUCAGAGAGAACACAGAAGGAGAGUACAGGCAAUUGGAGCAUGAGAAUGUUGGGGGUGUCGUUGAAAGCUUGAAAAUCAUCACGGCCGAGAAGAGCAAGAAGAUAGCUCGGUUUGCAUUUGACUAUGCCACCGAGUACAACAGGAAAAAGGUCACAGCAAUCCACAAAGCCAACAUCAUGAAACUCGGGGAUGGAUUGUUUUUACAGUGCUGCAAAGAGGUUGCAAGAGAAUAUCCUGAUAUUGAAUUUAAUGAUCUCAUCAUUGACAAUGCCAGUAUGCAGAUGGUGUCCCGGCCGAGCCAAUUCGAUGUUCUGUGCAUGCCCAACCUGUAUGGCAACAUCUUGAGCAACAUUGCUGCUGGGUUGAUUGGUGGUGCUGGAGUCACUGCUGGUAUGAACAUUGGAGACAACUACGCUGUCUUUGAAUCGGGCACUCGUAAUUCAGGACGUUCGAUGAAGGGCAAAAAUAUUGCCAACCCAACAGGAAUUCUGUUUGCUAGCUGUGAUAUGCUAGAGUACUUAGGGCAUGAGGCCCACGCUAAAAUGAUCAGAGACUCGGUCAUGACAGUGCUGUCAGAGAAACAGAUUCGCACUCCGGAUGUCGGAGGCUCUGCAACGACUUUAGAUGUUGUAAAAGCUAUUAUUGAUGAUGUCAAGCCCAAAACAUCAGCAUGGAAGGCAAUUCAAGAGCAUGGGUCAUAGUGCCAAUAGUGCUUACUGGUUGAGUUUUUUAUUUUUUUUAUUUUAGGAGUCGUUGAGGUCAAUUCUUUGAUACAAGUCACAGAUGCUUCUGAUUCUCAACGUUGAUGAGGAAAAUGUUUUCUGCCUCGGAUUCCACUUCAUCCGAACUGCUCAUUAUUACGUCAUUAAUUGAGCAUGCUGUACUGCUAGCUGCAAUAUUGGUGUCCUUGGUUUGUCUGCAGAGCAAAUAAUAAUGUAAUCUCUUUCUAGAUGUUAUAAAUUAGAAGAUUUCAUUGACUGCUCAGUGUGAAAUUCUUAAGAUUGAUGGAGACUAACCAGGGUUUUGGUACUAACAGAGGAGACUUUUUUCCCCCUUGCUGUACAUGUAUCCACGGUGGUUUAUUUUCAAACUGGCUGUGUUUGAAGUAAUUGUGGCCACUGUGACACUAAUAUUUCACUAAGAAUGAAGGUUAAGAGGUCAUUACAUUCUAAGGAUAGCUCUUUCAACAUAUUUGAAACUAAUAAACAUUAUGUAUUAUUUACUGGUGCUACCAUUAAAAAAAGAAUAGUAGUGAUUUUGCGACAGUUUUUUUUUUCUCUCUAUUUUUAAGUCUGAUUACAUUAAUAGCCUUGGAGAGGAAAUUUUACUUUGACCUUUUUUCUGGACUAGGGCCUAGAUCUAGUAGUAGUAUUCAGUACAGUUUCUAGAAGAGCUAGUGGCUCUUUGUAAAUGCAUAGAAUCUCAGUUUCAGCCAGACUAAAGAGGGAAACUUGCUUUCAUGCUUUCUAUUUAAUGAUACACACAUUGAAGGUAUGCUUUUCUCAAGUACAGCUCAAAACUGGUUUUGAACUGAUUUUUGUUCUUUUAUUAUUAGAUAGAAAUUAAUUUUUUGUCAGCUGUGACUUUGUGGAUGUGAAUGGGUUGUGUAUCUGUGUUCUGUCCCAGGAAAUGUAUGUCUUAGAUCAUGCUUCUUUUGCGAAGUGUUCAACCUCACUAGUCAGAAAAUUCUGUGUGUACACACUUUAGGCUCAAGUUGGUACCACUCUGAACAGUGGACAGAUGACCUGGGUUCAAGUCCUGGUUGGGGCGUUUUUGAAUUUAGUUGUUUGUUACACAUAAAUAAAUGUAUAUAUGACUUGGUCCUGAAUUAGAGAAGUGUGUUAAACCAGAGUUAAGGCCUCUUGAAUAUUCUUUCUGUGUUGAAAGGGCUAUUAAAGAACACCACAGCAAAUAAGUUUUCUGAAUUUUUACCAGAAGACUGUGCUUUACGACUACUAAUAUUAUUGAAACUGCCUUUUCUGUAUGUACUCUACAUUAGGAAAGUAGAAUGCGUAAAUGGUACUUGAGUAUUUGUGUACUUUGAUAGUCCGUUAUAACCUGUACAGUGAACUUCAAUGGAUGUACAUCAUGUACACUGUUCUGUGAUAAGGUGCAUGUUUGUAGGUCCUAUGUUUACCAUGAGUAAAUUGAUCUGACCACAUAAUGUCUUAUUUAUUUUCUCUGUCGUUUUAAAAAAAUAAUUUUUGUCUGUUCUCCUUGUAUUAAAAGACCUGCCAACCUUGCAAUAAUGCAGCAAUGUCUUGAGAGAUCAUACAAGUACCACUAUCAUCACUGAGUGUUUGGUUUUUCUGUUGUUGUUUUUUUUUUUUAUAAUUCUUUUAUUAGUUACAUGAUAGGAACAGGGAAAAUCAAGAGUACACGAUAGUACAUUUUCUCUCAUCAGAAAGUUAACUGGUUUCAGUGUCCUACCGCUUUUCUUUGUUUCUUUCUCUUUCCACUCCCCUUUUCCUGGUCAAACUCUUACUCCUAUGCUGCCGUCAUCAUUUAUAUUAUCAUCAGAGGUAUGUGUGGUCAGGCUUACUUAUUUUGAAAGUUCGUUUUACAAGAAAAUGCAAAAAUAAAUAUACAUGUACUUGCAUAAAA